AUGUCCUUCGUUUUUGUGAACGGAGGAAGUAUUCAUGGACUACGAUCUCCCUCCAAGCCCAGUACUACUACCGAGGGAUCGUCUGUACUCAAGAUUCCGGGUAGGCCGCGCAGUGUUGGCAUGUAUAAUCACCCUGCUGGUUUUCUCGGCGGUUACACGGUUAUUCCUGCGUCAGGCGAGGCAGCGGCACAUGCACGGCGGGCGGAGUCGUUCCCGCUGCGUGUGUCUACAAAAUGGUAA